CUUUGACCGUGUUCCUUAUUGAUCCUUAUCUAUAGGCACUUUUGGCUUCAGGCCUGACUCUCCGUCGGCCGUUACCCGCCAAUCACAUCAUUUUCAAUCCCCUUUAUCCUAGUCUAUUGGUAACCGUGCUUAACAAAAUACAAAUUCUUUUAUAUCCAUUAAAGAAUCUUUUGGAUGUGUUAUGCUUACGAUAUAUGUUCUCAAUAAGCCAUAAUGCCAUAUUGUGUUCAAUACACAAAUCAACUACUGGCCAAGUUUACCUUUGUUGGCCAACAUUAGGCUUUAAACCAUAAUACGAUACAUUUAAUCGCAGCGCCAGCUUACAUGAUAUGUUUUUAUGAAUAAUUACAUUCAUAGUCAUUGUUAAUAUGGUGAAUUAUUGCUGUAUUACAGAUUGUCAAACUCGUCGACUGAGUAACGUUAAAUGUUCCCUGUUUAAAUUUCCUAAAUGUGACUAUCUCCGGAAUGAAUGGAUACAAAUUGUUAACAAAAUCAAUGGUAAAUUAACAAAACCAACAUUUGUUUGUGAAAAACAUUUUGAUCCUGAAAAUGUAAUUCGAUCAUAUUCACUGGAAGAUUUGAUUAAUAAGAAUGAAGUAAGCAUCUAUACAAUUUUAAUUUAAGCAAUGCAUUUAACUUAUACACACUAAUUAAUUAUAUUAAGGUUGACUAUGUACCAAGACGGAAAAAACCAAGAUUGAGAGAAAACACAAUUCCGUCAAUUUUUAAAAAUAUCAACGAAAAUAAAACUGACGAACCUAGUUACAGUCAAUAUAGAAGUGGUCCUCUAUCUCUAUUACAGGUAUUAUAUUUAAAUCUACAUUAUUAUUAGGUUUACCUCUAAUUAAUUAAUCAUUUAUUUAAACUUUAUAGGAUUUAAUAAGAGAAGAAGUCUUGGAAGCGGGUCAGGAUAUAUUAUCACCACAAACGCCAGAUAGUUUGUGUGAAAAAGAAUUAAUUUGGUCCGAAGAAAAUUCUUGUACAACACAAUCCGAGCAUAUUGAUAAGACAUUAUUAGAGUCAGAGUUUACUUAUCAGGUAAUUAAUACUGUUGAUAUUUAAAUUAUAACAUAUUGAUACAAAUGCUAAUCAAAUAUCGUAUUAUUAUUAUUUUUUUUUUUUUUAGAAUAAAUUAAUUGAUUCAUUAUUGUCAUUACAAUUGUACCUAGAGUAUAUAAACUUGCCAUCAGGCUGGAACUUAUUUUCUGAUAAAACUGGCUUAAGUUUUUAUUUUUUGAAACAUGGCAUUACAAGCGGCAUUAAAUUAGAGAUUGAAAAACAAAUAGUUUUCACACAUGAUUCAAAAAUUAAUUACUAUGUUAAUAAUAAGCUGUUGGAAAAACAAAAUGACGAUUUAUUUAAUUUAGCUUAUGCUUUUCAAACACAAGAUCUAGAAAGAACACUCAGUAUAUUUUCUUCAAAAUGUGUUUGUGUAGGUGGGCCAAGCAAAAUAGAUUAUCCAGGUAGGUAUUCAUUAUUAUAUUUUUAUUUAUUUAAUAUUUUGUAAAAUAUUACAUGUGUACUUACUCAUAUAGAUACAUAAUUAGAAAUAAGGUUACAUUAAUCUACUCAUCUACAUUUCUUUAAAAUUAUAUGCGUUCAGCUCUUUGCUUUAUAUGUUAAUAUUCAGAUAAUUGUAUUUUUACUUGUAAUAAUUUAUUAAAAACAAAAAAUACUUAAGUUUAUACUACAUGAAGAAGAAAAUAACACAGUACUCACAAUUUAUAACAUUACAUUAUUAAUGUACGAGCAUAUAAUUCUAUUCUGUGGUACCAGCUACAAGUUAAAUUAUUUUAAUGUGUGAUACUAAUGUUCAUUGUUCAUUGAAAAAUGUUAAUACUGAUAAUUAUCAACUAAAUUGGCGAGAAGUUUAUAUUUGUAAAGCAGUAGGACAAAAAAGUGAAAUAAUUAAUAAACAUACAAUAUUUUGUAUUAUGGUGAAAUAUUUCAGACAUUAAACUCUAGUUUUAAAAGUUUUUAUUACCUAUUGAAAAAAAAAAUGAGUUUUUUAUUUUCAUAAGAGUAUGAAAUUUUCAUUUGUUUAUAAAUUAUAAACUUUAUAAGUUAUAGAUCGAUGCAUUUAGCGGUUCUUGUGUUUAAAAUUUAAAUGCCUCCAUAAGGAUGCUGUAAUGUGUAAAUUAGACUUAUCCCUUGAGAAAAUCUCUACAGAAUAAUUACAUAUAGUGUAAUUAUUUUUACUUAGAUCUAUAUUAAAAUGAUCUCAAACAUAUAUUUUAAUAAGUAAAUUAUUAUAAUCAUGUACUUUAGUGAAUCUCAAAAACACUAAAUGGUUAAAAAUUAUUGACAUUUUGUUCUUAUUAUACAAAAUAUAAAUAUAAAUAGCUCAUAAACCCAUGUAAUUGAAAUUGCAUUCAGAUUACCUUUACAGUGACACUGUCACGAUGGUAAGCAAAUAUGUAUUAAUAACAAUAAUGCUGAAAAAUAAAGUGAAAUAAAAAUGGAUAACUUAAAAAAUUGUUUAUAGUUAUGAGCUAUAAUUUUAACUUUGUACUUUAACCAAACUACAAGGAUCAAUUCCUAAUAAUAUUUGUUUAGUUAUGAUUUUUAAACGACUUAAUUAAUCUUUUAUAGGAAUCACUGACAAAUAUGGAGAAAUAGAUUCAAAUAAUAUAUGGUAUCAUUCGUACUGUCCUAAAAUAGUAGAACCGAAUAAGGAAAGAUGUAAUUUUUGUACAAAUUUGGUCUAUAGAUUUAGUGCUCACAAAUUGGACCAAAAUGGAAAGUGAAAAAUAACAAAAAAUUAGGUAUGUAAUAUUGAAUUGAAUAGAUUAUAUUACAUUAAUAGAUUAUACAAAAAAUUAAUAAUUUUUGACAAUACAAUAGAUUAUGUAUUAAUUUUAGAACAAAUUCAAAGUUUUAACAAAUCUAAAACUGCAUCAUGAUGAAGAUAAAACAGUUAUAUUUAACAUAUUAUUGAGGACUUUGAAAAAUGAUCAAAACUACAAUGACCAAUAUUAUGAACAUAUCUAGUAUUUGAAUGCAUCAUAAUAUUAUUAUAUUUAAUUAUUUUAAAUUCUAAGCAAAGUGAAGAAUGUAUUAGUUUUACAGUGAUGUUAAUUUAUUAUCUGUCAUUAAGUUAAAAUGUUCAUAGAGACUUGAAAUGUAGACAAAAUAUUUAAGUAAUUUUUGAGCUAUUUGUAGAUAUUUUAAUUAUAACCAUGGCCAAAAGAAAAGUUAACUUCAUUCGUGAAUGAUGAGUUAUUGUUAUAUUUAUCAGGUCCAAUUUUCUGAAGUUAUGCAGGAAAGAUAUGAAAACUGUAUUUCCUAUGCUUUAAAAAUAAGCACUUAUAUGUUUCACUAUGGUUGGAGCAUUCAUUCCUAGUGAUUAAUUAUUUUCAAAAGCUGGAGAGUAUCAUCACCAAAAUCAAGAAUCUCAGGUUUACACCUUCAAAAAAUACUAAUUUUAUUAAAUUUACCAAAGAAUAUUCUUUUUAUUACCUGUGUUUUUUUGUUUUAUAUUGUGUAAUUUUUUUAUUAGCAAAACAAUAAAAUAAAAAAUUAAUUUUGAAAACAUGACACUCGUGAUGAAUUUUUUUUUUUAUCUAUGUAUAAC